AUGACGAAGAACGACGAGUUGUCCGACGACGGCAGGCUCCCUGAUAGUGCAUGUGGCAAGGCAUUCGAAGUGCUGGAAGAGGUGGCGCUCUUCCGACACAUAGUUCCAAUGUGCGUGUGGAGGCUUCAACAACGACUUCAGAUUGGAAUGGAGUGGAAGUUCAGUCGAGCUUGGAGUACCCUUGAUCAAUUACUGUACGGUAGCAUCAAGAGGAAGAAGCAAGAAUUAGCGAGAAUCAACAAUGAUGUGACUAAAAGAGACAAGUUGGAUUUGUUGACACAAAUCCUGGUCAUGAAAGAUGAGGAUGACGGAGAAGAAAGAGGAGGAUUCUUGAGAAACUACGAGUUGAACAAAGUUGUUUAUCUUCAUGCAACAGUCUGCGAGACACUGAGGUUGUAUGCACCGGUUCCUUUCGAGCACAAGUGUGCUGUGGAGGCAGAUGUCCUUCCAAGCGGGCACACAGUACGUAAAGAAGAGAGGAUAUUAUUCUCCAUAUACACCAUGGCCAGGAUGGAAGAAAUAUGGGGAGAGGACUGCAUGGAGUUCAAACCAGAGAGGUGGAUUUCUGAGAAAGGAACGAUGCUACAUGUCCCGUCGUCCAAGUUCAUGACCUUCUUGACUAGGAGGCUGCAGCAUUGA